AUGAAAAAGGAUCUUCCGUUUGUAUGGGAUCAAGCAUGCCAAAAUGCUUUGGAAAGCAUUAAACAAUACCUGUUGAGUCCACCAGUUCUAAUGGCGCCAAUUAAAGGGAAGCCUUUAAUCCCAUACAUUGCGGCAUUAGAACGCUCGUUGGGUGCAUUGCUCGCCCAACACAACGAUGAUGGAAAGGAAAAUGCACUAUAUUACUUGAGUAGAACUCUCGUAGGGGCAAAACAAAAUUACACCCCCAUUGAAAAAGUCUGCCUUGCAUUGGUGUUUGCUGUCCAGAAACUACGACAUUACAUCCUCUCUCAUAGAGUCAUUUUGAUUUCCAAGGCAGAUCCACUCCGAUAUUUAAUGUCCAAGCCUGUGCUCUCUGGGCGAAUAGCCAAGUGGUCUCUCCUCCUCUCCGAGUUCGAGAUAAAAUUUGUGCCACAAAAGGCGAUCAAGGGGCAAGCCCUCGCUGAUUUCUUAGCUGCUCAUCCUACUCCCGACAACAUGGAGUUACCUGAUGAUUUGCCCGACGAGGAGUUAGUUGUCAGACAGUUGAAUGGCCAAUACGCCGUCAGAAAUGCUACUCUCGUCCCAUACCAUGAAAGGGCAAAAUAUCUCAUGUCACAGUUUCAAGACAUUCAUGUCAGUCACAUCCCGAGGUCAGAAAAUGAUAAAGCUGAUGCGCUAGCUAAUUUGGCUGCAUCGCUAACGCUACCUAAUGAAAGAGAUAUCCAAAUCACUGUUGGGGAACGUCAUUUACUACCCCCAGCUAUAGAAAGAAUUGAAGAAGUUGUUGAUUCAAACGUCAUUACAACUUCCGAACAUGAGGAAGAACAAGAUGAUCUCGAUUGGCGUCAUCCCAUAAUCAAGUAUCUCCAACAUGGCAAAUUGCCAAAUGACUCGAGGAAAAAGGCUGAAGUUCAACGCAGAGCCAUCCGGUUUUUGUAUUUAAACGACACAUUGUACAAAAGAUCAUUUGAUGGUAUGUUGUUAAGGUGUUUGUCGAAACAAGACGCAACUAAAGCCCUUCAUGAUACUCAUGCUGGUACUUGCGGUGCUCAUCAAGCUGGUCCAAAACUCUCAAACCAACUGAAAAGAUUGGCUUGGGGAUUGAAUGUUAUUGGCAUGAUAAAGCCUAAGUCAUCACGCCAACAUCAGUACAUCUUGGCCGCGACCGAUUACUUCUCUAAAUGGGCUGAAGCAAUUCCUUUAAAGGAAGUACGAGCAGACGAUGUUACAAACUUCAUAAGGAAUCAUAUCAUCUACUGUUAUGGGGUUCCAUCGAAGAUAAUAUCCGACAAUGCAUUGUAUUUCAAGUACAAGUCCAUGACCAAGUUGUGCGAGAAGUACAGGUUUCAACACUCGUUUUCCGCGAGUUACAAUCCGUCGUCAAACGGUCAAGCUGAAGCUUUCAAUAAGGCUGUUUUACCGUUAGAAGUCCAACUGCCAUCGUUAAGGGUAUCUUUACAACUGACAAACCCCGACGAAAACGCAAAUGUGAGACUGGCAGAGCUUGAAGCUCUCGAUGAGAAACGACUGGCAGCUCAACAAAGGCUCGAAAUAUAUCAGGCUCAAGUUGCAGGGGCAUUCAACAGAAGUUCAGAUUUUUCUCAAUUGGAGAUUUGGUGGCAACUCAAGUCUGCCCAGAGCUGCAAGGUAUGGCAUAGUGAUAGGUUCACCAGCCCACCAUCACACAAAUGUUAUCCAUACCCCGAUCGACAACCUUCAACAGUCAGAAUUGGCCUUGAUGAUCUGACGAUCGAAUCAUAUCCUGAGAUUCAACUUGGCGAGAGCUGGGAAUUGCCAAAACUCAAUGACAACACUUGCCCAAUAUGUUUGGCUAAGUACCAGCCCAAAGAAAUACUGAGGACCAUACCAGAAUGCAACCAUUAUUUCCAUGCUAAUUGCAUAGAUGAGUGGCUUAGAAUGAAUGCAACUUGCCCAGUUUGUAGAAACCCACAAAAGAGAUAA